AUGUACAAUUGGCUGGUCUCUUUCUUGGGACGCCAGCCUAGUACCGAGCCAUACUGCCGGGACCAUAGCGGUGGCGGACAAUUCAGGAGGCGUCCUCGGAUGCCAGCUGUGGAGCCCGCGGUGAUGCCGGUUCACCGUAUUUCGGACACCGCGAGAGAGACCUGUCCAGUGUUACAAGCCCAGAAACCUGUUUUGAAGUUUUCUGCGGCUUCAAACAAAGGCGGUCUCAGUAAAGGACCUUCUAUGAGCUAUCCAGGAUCCCUGGGACUAACUCCUCACAAGCGUCCCACUUGUACUUCACAGCCAAGUGGGACAAAGCUAGUUGAGGAGUUCCCUCCAGGAGGUCCGUUGGAUGCUCGAGAAGGUCCUUUGUUGUCUCGCGGUUUGUCCACCCACCAAAGGUUUGCCCAGCCGAGUGGUCGAAGGCCAGGCCCGGGCAGGAUUCAGUCUGCGAAAAUCUCGCAGACUGUUACUGUGACAUAUGAGGAGGUGGAUGCGAGCUUUAGGCAGAGAUCUAAUGCUCCACCAGUACGCCCCCUCAUAUGUCCGGUACCUGCCCGGGUUACCAGACGACCCAUGGCCGCUCGUCCGCCCGUCCGGUCCUCAGAGGACAUCUGUUUAGCUCAGCCUGAGAUUGUGGCCGCGGGUGCGACCGGCAGAGGGCCGGCAGAGGGCCAGCAGAGUGCAGGUCGCGCACGCUCCUCUGGCGGUCCUGGCCCUCAGCCGGUCGUGCCGUCGGCCGGCCCUCAGCGGGUGCUGCCGUCGGCCGGUCCUUUGCCGGUCCUGCCGACGGCCGCUCCGUUGACGGUCCUUCCGACGGCCACUGCGACCCGCGGCCGAUCUUGUGAAGGCCCCACUUGUGCCCGGGGUACCAGACGACCCAUGGCCGCUCGUCCGCCCGUCCGGUCCUCAGAGGACAUCUGUUUAGCUCAGCCUGAGAUUGUGGCCGCGGGUGCGACUGGCAGAGGGCCAGCAGAGGGCCGGCAGAGGGCAGGUCGCGCACGCUCCUUUGGGGGUCGCGCCCGCUCCUCUGGGGGCCGCGCCCGCUCCUGUGGGGGUCGCGCCCACUCCCCUGGCGGUCCUGGCCCUCAGCCGGUCGUGCAGUCGGCCGGCCCUCUGCGGGUUCUGCCGUCAGGGGGUCCUUUGCCGGUCCUGCCGACGGCCGCUCCGUUGACGGUCCUGCCGACGGCCCUGCCGACGGCCACUGCGACCCGCGGCCGAUCUUGUGAAGGCCCCACUAGUGCCCGGCUCAGCCUGAGAUUGUGGCCGCGGGUGCGACUGGCAGAGGGCCAGCAGAGGGCCGGCAGAGGGCAGGUCGCGCACGCUCCUCUGGGGGUCGCGCCCGCUCCUCUGGGGGCCGCGCCCGCUCCUGUGGGGGUCGCGCCCACUCCUCUGGCGGUCCUGGCCCUCAGCCGGUCGUGCAGUCGGCCGGCCCUCAGCGGGUUCUGCCGUCAGGGGGUCCGAUCCUGUGAAGGUCCCACCCGUGCCCGGGUUACCAGACGACCCAUGGCCGCUCGUCCGCCGGUCCGGUCCUCAGAGGACAUCUGUUUAGCUCAGCUUGAGAUUGUGGCCGCGGGUGCGACCGGCAGAGGGCCGGCAGAGGGCCAGCAGGGGGCAGGUCGUGCACGCUCCUCUGGGGGCCGCACCCGCUCCUCUGGGGGCCGCGCCCGCUCCUGUGGGGGUCGCGCCCGCUCCUCUGGCGGUCCUGGCCCUCAGCCGGUCGUGCAGUCGGCCGGCCCUCAGCGGGUUCUGCCGUCGGCCGGUCCUUUGCCGGUCCUGCCGACGUCCGCUCCGUUGCUGGGCCUGCCGACGGCCACUGCGACCCGCGGCCGAUCCUGUGAAGGUCCCACCCGUGCCCGGGUUACCAGACGACCCAUGGCCGCUCGUCCGCCCGUCCGGUCCUCAGAGGACAUCUGUUUAGCUCAGCUUGAGAUUGUGGCCGCGGGUGCGACCGGCAGAGGGCCGGCAGAGGGCCAGCAGAGGGCAGGUCCCGCACGGUCCUCUGUGGGCCGCACCGGCACCUCUGGGGGCCGCGCCCGCUCCUGUGGGGGUCGCGCCCGCUCCUGUGGGGGUCGCGCCCGCUCCUCUGGCGGUCCUGGCCCUCAGCCGGUUAUCUGUAAGUUAUUUAAAAAUGUAUUUACAUUUCAAACAGUUUUUCUUAUAUGCACAAAUGUUCCCAAAAUCAUAAUUUUUAGUGUUACUGCCAUUAUUUUUAUUCUUGCUUUUAUUCUUGCUCCUCAGCAAGUCCCGCCAUGGGCUGCUCCGGCCACUUCCGGCUUUACUUCAGUAGCUCAGUAA